GGAGCUGAAUUCUUUACUACUAAAUGGAACGGGGGCUCCUUGAUUUAUACUCUGUCACCGUCACGUGACUUUAAGUUGCGCCCUGGCACAGACGCUCUUGUUCCAGGGCAAAUAAUUGGCUUUUGACAACAAUUGUAUCAUGUGUAGUGCGGCCCUGACCGCUGCUAAUGAGCCCCGACUUUCUCUAAACUACUUUCUGCUUCUGUAGCCUGCAAUGCUGUGACCUUCACAAAGGGACUGGGUCUGUGUCUUUAUUGCUGUCACUCAUGUUGUGCAAAGAUGCAAAUGCCCCAUCCACUCCCCCAGCCCUACAGAGAGAGAGCAAAUGAUCUCUAGUGAUCUAGUCACUCACAGUCCCACGCAUCACAACCAUGCCAUGGUGUUAUAUUAGUGGGCCCUGCCGUUAUAUUAUCAACAUAUAUUAUUCCCAGUCCUUUCCAUUUCCAGGUAUUUCAUCCCCUUCAAUAUUCCAUUCCUAGUAUUCUUAUGUUCAUGUUUUAUUGUUGGACGUAGAGAAGCCAGAAUGGUCCUGCCCCCUGACCCCUGACCCUGCCUAGAGUGGACAGAACCAUUGAUGAUCACAUGACUAAUAAGCUGAGGUGACAUGGUGUCAACGGUGCAGGUGGCGGUGCUGGGGGCACCAGGAGUUGGAAAGACCUCCAUUGUUCAGCGUUUUGUGGCCCAGGAGUUCCCGGAGGAAUAUACCCCGACAGAACACAGAGAACUGCACCAAGCCUCUACGGUCCUGAGUGGGAGACUGUAUGAACUCCAUAUUCUGGAUGUGCCUCACAUGCACAGGUAUCCAGGAACAGCAGGGCAGGAGUGGAUGGAUCCGCGAUUCCGCGGCCUAAGGAACAGCAGAGCCUUCAUCUUGGUUUUUGACAUCUGCAGUCCUGAGAGUUUCCAUUAUGUGAAGGUGCUGAGGCAACAAAUCCUGGACAGCACAAGCAAAAGCCCCUUAAUUGUAGUAGUUGGCAAUAAGAGAGACCAGCAGAAGCAUCGCUUUGCCCCACGCCAGGUACUGUCUGUGCUGGUGAAGAAGAGCUGGAAGUGUGGAUACCUGGAGUGCUCUGCCCGAAGCAACUGGCACAUUCUUCUUCUGUUCAAGGAGCUUCUCAUCAGUGUGACAGCCAGAGGCAGAAGCACCAGCCCCAGCAUUUGUCUCCAAGGGGCACUUCAGAGGGAGCGGUGCAGCAUCAUGUGAGCAGGCCAAACACUAUUAAUAAGUCCUCCACAUUCACACUGAUCAUACAUCAGCUCACACAGAAGGGCUUUCUCCUCUCUCACAAUUAUAAACAUUAGGGCUCACUCUCCAGUCUGUCUCAUGUGCUGCACCAACCUAUUUAUAGUUCAUUAUUUCUUCUCAGUGCCAACAAAAUACUUAUAAUAUGGGCACUGCAUCACUCUGCCUUCUCCACGUACACUCUCAGGAACAGAACACACUGCAGCAAUGUCAUUUCCAAGGUAGUUUAUUCAGCAGCAGGAGACCACGCAUCUUCUAGACAAGUAGACAUUCUUUGUUACUUCCCCUAUAUAAACAGAGUAUUGUACAUACAGACUGCAGCACAGGCUUACAAGGGUAUAUACACAGCUCUCUGCCUCCCCCAAGUACCCAAGGAUACAAAUCAUGUAGAGGUGCACUCUAUAGUUGUGUUCUUUUCUUCAUUAUUUAUGUCUAUGAGAAUGUGAUUUUACUGUGUGUGUUUUCUUUUUUGUUGGCAGUCUAUUUGUGAUUUACUCAGGUAUUUGGUGUUUGUGACUUUUACAAAAAUAGCUGAGGGGAUAUAGAAGAUUUGUGAGUGUUGCGAAAAAGGCACUCGCCAUAACAUCCUCUUUAAUGCAUUUGUUUAGAAUUCCAAGAAAAUAUUGCACUUCUGUAAGAGAAUACAGCAAUAACCCACACAUGCCUACAUUCUAAUGCCACAGGACACUUACUAGAAAGAAGAAAAGAAAGAAGAUUAAUACUGUUCCUUAUGCAAUGUAUCCCCCAAAUCCUGGAGAAUGACUUAUUUUGGUUAUUAGCCAGUCAUCUAUAAAGUCAAUAUAAUAAUUAUUAUUAUUAUUUAUCUCCC